AGGCGGCAGUGUUUCGACAAGCUCAGAGUUGAAUGCUGGGUUUUCAAUGAUGUGUGCGAGAGGUACUGUAGUAUGGAUCUGCACGGAUUUGUAGUUGAUGUGAGUUAAUUGCAUGAAAUGUAAUGUAAUUAUGGCGUUUAGGAACAUAUUUUCCCGCAACGACAAUCGCAAGAAUGAGCUAACGUAGCUGAGUGUCCAGAAGUCCGCGAAUCCCCAGCAUUACCUAUGAUUUGACACUAGGAUGUGGCUGUUGGGAAGGAGUAAUGAGCGUAAAAAUCUGCCUACAGUGCAUCCGUAGGCCAAAGUUUGUGGUGUGCUGUUGACAGAAGUAUGGCUGGUACAAAAUCUACAUCACAAUGCAGCCUUUUGAAACCUGUCUCUGUGCCACAGUGUAUGCAAGAUGGUGAAAAAUUCAUCAAGUGGGAUGAGGAUUCUGGAAGUGGCACACCAGUCACUUUGCGGGUUGAUGCAGAGGGUUUUUACCUUUAUUGGGUGGAUCAGAACAAGGAAAUGGACAUGCUGGACAUUACUUCUAUUAGAGAUGCGAGAACUGGAAAAUAUGCUAAAAUUCCUAAAGACUCUAAGCUGAAGCAGAUUGUUACAAUGGGGUCGCAAGACACUUUAGAAGAAAAGACUGUUACCAUAUGUUAUGGUUCUGAUUUUGUUAAUCUUACAUAUAUUAAUUUUUGUUGCACAAAGAAAGACAUUGCACAAUUAUGGACUGAAGAAAUUCUGAAAAUAGCGUACAAUAUGCUUCAGCUUAAUAGCUCAACAUUGAGAUUUUUGAAGAAAGUUCAUUCUAGACUUACACUAUUGACAGACAAAACUGGAAAAAUUCCCAUUAAAAAUGUUAUAAAAAUAUUUACACAAAACAAGGAAGAUCGAAAGAGAGUUGAAAAAGCUCUGGAUAUAUCUGGGUUUCCAUCAGGGAAGAAUGAUGCUUUAAGUCUACAGAAAUUCCAGUUUGAGGACUUCUUCAACUUCUACAAAAAUCUGACACAGAGAACUGAAGUAGAAAAAAUAUUUGAGGAACUCUGUGGCACACAGAAAAGAAGAUUUAUGACAGCAGCACAGUUUGUGGAGUUCCUCAAUAAGACUCAGAGAGAUCCGAGACUGAAUGAAAUACUCUACCCUUAUGCAAACACAUCUAGAGCUAAGGAUCUUAUUCAGCAGUAUGAGCCCAAUAAGUACAAUGCCCAACGUGGGCAGCUGAGUUUUGAUGGAUUUUUGCAAUAUCUAAUGAGUGAGGACAACCCGAUUAUAUCAGCUUCAAAACUAGACUUGUCAGAUGAUAUGGACCAACCACUUCCACAUUAUUUUAUCAACUCAUCUCACAAUACAUACCUGACAGGUCAUCAGUUGACUGGGAAAUCAGCUGUGGAAAUGUACAGACAGUGCUUACUGGCUGGAUGUCGAUGUGUUGAGCUUGAUUUCUGGAAUGGACGAACAGAGGAACCUGUCAUUGUUCAUGGCUACACUUUUGUACCUGAGAUUCCUGCAAAGGAAGUUAUAGAAGCCAUUGCGGAAUCAGCUUUUAAGACUUCAGAUUACCCUGUGAUUCUGUCAUUUGAGAAUCAUUGUAAUCCUAGACAACAAGCAAAAAUUGCCCAGUAUUGCAGGGAAAUCUUUGGUGAAAAUCUCUUGGAUGCGCCGUUGGAAUCUCACAAGCUGGAGCCUGGCUCAGAGCUGCCACCCCCUUCUCUACUGAGACGCAAAAUAAUAAUCAAGAACAAGAAGAAACACCACCACCAUCACCAUAAAAAAAAUCAAAACUCAUCAAAUACAUCUGAUAGUAGCAGUGCAGUUGCAGCAGCCCAGGGAAAUGGUGAUGUUCCACAUGUGCAUGCCCCUCCUCUUCAGUCACGCCAAGGAAGCAAAGACAGCACACAAGAUGAUGAUGACGACGAUGAUGAGAGCAGCAGUGCUGAUGAAAUAGAAGAUGAUGUUGCAGAAGAAACAAAGGGUUUACAUGAUAAGAUUCCUGCUGAGAAAGCAGCUGCUCAAGAGACUGAGGCUGGUGCUGAAAUAUCAGCAUUGGUCAAUUACGUUCAACCAGUACACUUCUCGUCCUUUGAAAAUUCUGAAAAAAAGAAUAGACCCUAUGAAAUGUCAUCUUUUGAUGAGAAGCAGGCUACAACACUUUUGAAGGAGAGUCCAGUAGAAUUUGUUAAUUACAAUAAGCAUCAGUUGAGUCGUGUCUAUCCUUCUGGUACACGUUUUGAUUCUUCCAACUUCAUGCCACAAGUGUUCUGGAAUGCAGGAUGUCAACUAGUUGCCCUUAAUUAUCAAACUCUAGACCUUGCAAUGCAACUUAACUUGGGAAUUUUCGAGUACAAUCACCGUUGUGGCUAUCUGCUAAAGCCAGAAUUUAUGCGAAGGCAAGACCGGAGACUGGAUCCUUUUGCAGAGUCAACAGUAGAUGGCAUUAUAGCCGGUACAGUCUCAGUACAUGUAAUCUCAGCACAGUUCCUCACUGACCGUCGGGUUGGUGUCUAUGUUGAAGUGGAUAUGUUUGGCUUGCCUGCAGAUACUGUGCGAAAAAAAUUUCGAACAAAAAUUGUGCCUAACAAUGGUAUUAAUCCCAUAUUUGACGAGGAAGCUUUCGUCUUUAAAAAGGUUGUUCUCCCAGAAUUGGCGAGUCUACGUAUAGCUGCAUAUGAAGAAUCAGGCAGACUAAUAGGACACCGUGUGCUGCCUGUUGUUGGCCUGUGCCCAGGGUACCGUCACAUUGCCCUGCGCAAUGAGUCAGGCCAGCCACUUCCAUUGGCUACACUCUUUGUACAUGUGGUUGUCAAAGAUUAUGUUCCUGACACAAUGUCGGACUUUGCAGAGGCUUUAGCAAAUCCAAUCAAAUAUCAGUCUGAGUUGGAAAAGCGAGAACAGCAGUUGGCCAUCCUCACUGAUGACACCUAUAUUGUUGAGGAUCAAGAGGAAACGGCACCUACUGCACGACAGCAGCGCAGCCCUUCAACUUGUGUGCCAGCAAUGGCAGUAAAGAUGGUGAGUGCUGAACUGACUCUUAUGGGUCCUGAUCGAAGCCCACGGCCAUCGCUGGCACAUGCGUUUGUUUCAACUGACUCGUCAGGUUCUUUCUCUGGGGUCCCUGUGGAUGGAGCAGCUGAUGGUGCACCUGUUGAUGGUACUCUACCACAAAAGACUCAGGAAAGAACGGAGAACACUACCAAAACUGGUCCACCACCAGUCAACAACUGCCCGUCUGAUAGUGGAGAAGAAGAGCUUGUAGCAGAGUCACUGGAGAAAUUAAUGGAGAACAAAGCUGUAAAGGAGAAAAAGCUAGAAUUGGAAAAGAAACUGGAAUCACUACGAAAAAAGCAUGAGAAAGAGAGAGCCCGUAUUCAAAUACAUAAAAGUUCCCAAGAUUCAGAGAAGUCAAAAUCCAAGUUCUCCAUGAGUCACAAGCUAGUCAAGAGGCUGUCAAGCAAAAAUAUAACUGAUAUGCAACACCAACAUCACCAUGAAUCAUCAGAACUGUCAGAGAGUGAAGGGGAAACAACACGUCAUUCAGGUAGUACAGGGCUACCUCGAAGUCACUCAGAGAGACUUCUCGCUAUGUUUCGGGAUCACAUACAUCAGGAGCGUGAGCUACAUGAAAGGUACCAUGAACUGGUUUUCUCAGCAGUGGAGAAGUUGAUGGCAGCAUCUCAGGCAUCACAAAUGAAACUGUUACGGGCCUUGCUAGAUCGUGAGACAGCAGAAGUUAUGAGGCGUUUACAAAGUGCACGACGUGAUGAGGUGAAAGCUCUUGCUAAAGUUCACCGUGACCGUGAUGAAAUGGUACGUGUGAAACGUGAGGUUGAUGCAGCAACAGUUGACAGGGGUGUGGCAGAGCGUAUGCGUUUGACACAGUUAUAUGAGCGCAGACGCUGCCGACUGGAGACUGCCCAUGAGCAGGUCCGGCAGAAAUUUCAAGCUGAAAAGGAAAAGGCACAAACAGCACUAAAGAAAGAAUAUGAGGGACGUUUUGCUAAAAUUGAAGAAGAACUAAAGGCUGCAAAGGCUAACUUUGAUGUUGCCCAAUGACUUGUCUAACAAGUUUGUGUGUGCUGAAAACCAAAGAUUUGAUGUGGUGUCUUGCCAUACUGCAUGCUGGGGAGUGUAGAUGAGAAACCACUCCUGGCAGUAGCAGUAACAGCAAUAGCAGCAGCUCAGUAUUAUAUUGAAAAUGCAGGUCACAUCAGCACUAUUGGAAAAACAUUGGCAAAUGGAGAUGGAGCCAUGAAUCUCGGUGAUGUAACAUCCCUUUUGAAGGGUUGCGGAGGCAAGAUAUUAACUAUCAUUGUAUACUUAAAGUUUAAGAAUCUGCGGUAAAAGUUAGGACAAUCAGUAGCUGCUACAAAGGAUACCCAUUCCUAUUGUAAAAGUAAAGAAAUAACUUGUAUUAGUGGCUCACACUUUAAAAUUUCUAGCUGCUGCUAAGCAGCACAGAU